GAAAGCUUUUUUCUUCGUGCCAAAUUCGGAGUAUUUUCCUUUUCCUUUCUCCUUAAAGCGUAAUCUCAUUCCAAUUCCACGGUGUUCGCGAUCGGAUUGCGACCUCAGUUUUUCUUGCCAUCCUCUUUCUCUUCAAUUCUAGUAAGUCUCUUUCCUGUUAAAUUUCUUUUCUACGUUGCCGCAUUAAUUGCAAACUUGUUACUCGUCAACCUAUUUUUAAGGAAAGAAUUAGCUUUCUAUACUAUUACUCACAGUCUUGCCCUUUGUGUCUAUUAUAAGGAAAGAAUUAGCUUUCUAUACUAUUACUUGCAGGGUUUUUCAGUGCUUCAUUUUCCACGAUCCAGCCUCAAAUUUGGGCCGCAACCACUUGACUCCAUAUGGAUAACUUGAACAACGUAGUCUUCCUCCAAUUCUUGCUCUGUUAGAUUUCAAGAUGGCAUUCUUUUCCCCUUUUAGUUAGUUAUUCUAGUUUAACUUAAGGCUAUUGUAUAUCCUUUCCUCUGAUGUCACGUUAUAUUGAACUGCAGACUGUUGAGGAAAGCACUGAUCUUGGUAUGCUGUUAUCUUCCUUUGCGUAUGUGUUGCUUUUUCUUUAAUUUAUCUGGUUGUCCUGCCCUGAAAUGAUUGUUUGGACUUUGAAGUUCCAGGAUAUGGAUACUUAGAGCUCGAAUUCAUUAGGUUUCUUUAUUUUUGUUUAUUGUAUAUAAGAGAGCAAAACUAAUAAUAAACUGAAGGUAUCCAAUACUAUAAUAAAAUUUGCUUCUUCGGUUUGUUAUGCUUCUUGACUUUGAUAAGAGACAAUUUAAGGAAAGCAAUUUCAACUAAAUUUAACAAAGUAUGCUCAACCUUUUAAAGGUAUAUCAGUUAGGGACUAUGAGGGUUUAUCUACUACAAUCAUAUCAUUGGUGGAUAUCUUAAAAUGUGUUCAUUCUUACAAAGGGGUUGUAAAGGGGAACAGUUAGAAGAGAAAAUUGAUUCUAAUUGUGCUUUGGGAUUUAAUUUUAGGUGCUGUGUUGCGGAAGGGAAAGGAAAUCCUUUUACAGGUUGUCUCGGUAGUAUGUGAAAUAGAAGAAUAAAAUUCUUCAUAGUGAACUCAGGUUUGACGGCUAAAGCUAUUUUAAAAGUUGCUUAAAUUUUUCGACAGGGUUUUAACUGGGAGUCCCAUAAAUAUGACUGGUGGGAAAACUUAGAAAAGAAAGUUCCUGACAUUGCAAAAUCUGGGUUUACAUCUGUAUGGUUGCCACCAGCAAUUAAUUCUUUUUCACCGGAUGGUUAGAGAGAAAUUUUCUUCAAAGCAUGAGCUAGUUUCUUAGCAGAUAAGUGCAUGCCUCACCAUGAUCAAUUGAAAGCUUUACUCCAAAAACUGAGUGAGUACAAAGUUAGAGCAAUGGCGGACAUAGUAAUCAAUCAUCGUAUUGGAACUACUCAAGGACAUGGAGGACUGUAUAACCGUUAUGAUGGAAUUCCACUAGCAUGGGAUGAGCAUGCUGUCACAUCUUGCACUGGUGGAUUAGGUAAUCAAAGCACUGGAGACAACUUCCAUGGGGUUCCGAAUAUUGAUCAUAGCCAACAUUUUGUUCGGAAGGACAUCAUAGGGUGGCUGCAGUGGUUACUUUGUGUUGGUUUUCAAGAUUUUCGCUUUGAUUUUGCAAGGGGUUAUUCAGCAAAAUAUGUCAAAGAAUACAUUGAAGCAGCAAAGCCUAUAUUUUCUGUUGGGGAGUAUUGGGAUUCUUGCAACUACAGUGGAUCUGUAUUAGAAUACAACCAAGAUAGCCAUAGACAGAGGAUCAUUAAUUGGAUUGAUGCCACGGGGCAGCUUUCAAGUGCAUUUGACUUCACAACCAAGGGGAUUCUUCAGGAAGCUGUGAAGGGGCAGUUCUGGCGCUUGCGUGACCCUCAAGGGAAGCCUCCAGGUGUAAUGGGGUGGUGGCCUUCUAGGGCUGUCACAUUUAUCGAUAACCAUGACACAGGCUCAACCCAGGCUCAUUGGCCUUUCCCCUCGAAUCAUAUUAUGGAGGGUUAUGCAUAUAUACUUACACAUCCAGGAACGCCCACAGUGUUCUAUGAUCACUUUUAUGAUGGGGAUGAUUCCGGGCACGAACAAAUUGUUAAAUUGAUGGAGAUACGCAGGAGUGGAGAAAUUCACAGCCGGUCGUCUGUCAGGAUUCUAGAGGCCAAAGACAACCUCUAUUCCGCAGUUAUUGGAGACAAAAUAUGCAUAAAGAUUGGGGAUGGUUCAUGGUCUCCUUCAGACAGAGAGUGGACACUAGCAACGAGCGGACAAAGAUACGCAAUUUGGCAAAAAAAGCAAUGAUUUAUGUACCUUCUUAAUAAUAAACAAGGCAAAUGAUAUUUUAUUUAUAUUAUAAUAUGUACUUGAUACUUUUAAGUGUUAAAUAUUAACUAUUAAAAAUAUUUGUAAA